AUCUCACAAACCUUCAGGUCAGCGGAGGAAACAGGGCCGCCAUUUUCCUCCAAGCCUCCGGUCCAUUUAAACCCAGCAGGGGGAGGCGAAACAAGACAGGAGAAAGAGACAGAAAGAGAGCGAGAGAGGGGGAGUGAGAGCGUGUGGUACAGGGUGAGGAAGAAGGAAAGGACCUUUAAAAAGAGGAAGAGGUGGAUAUGUGUCUACCGAGUAAGUCAGACGUUCAGUGAGAAUCUGCAUCUACACCACGGUGGUGCUUCCCUGGACUAAGGUUGUGGAUACAAUUGCCUUUUCCCUUUUAUUUGGUUCUUUUCUUUUCCGCGAGCACGUCCGCUGUUCGUAUCCCCCCUCUCUCUUCCCCGAUUUCUUUAUUUCGUGUUGGGUCGUGAAACGGUGGAAGCACAAAGAGGAGACUGCCAGCAACAUUCUGUCUGAAGUGGAAGGAUAUAUUCUGCAUUUCACUCAUUGCACAAGAAAGCGAAGAUGUCUGGGCAGAGCAUAACUGAUAGGAUAACUGCAGCUCAGCAUAGUGUAACUGGGUCUGCGAUAUCCAAAACAGUAUGCAAGGCGACCACGCACGAAAUCAUGGGUCCAAAAAAGAAACAUUUGGAUUACCUGAUCCAGUGCACCAACGAGAUGAACGUGAACAUUCCCCAGCUGGCCGACACCCUGUUCGAGAGGACCACCGGCACCAGCUGGGUGGUUGUGUUCAAGUCCCUCAUCACCACGCACCACCUGAUGGUCUACGGAAACGAGCGCUUUGUCCAGUACUUGGCCUCGAGGAACACGCUGUUCAACCUCAGUAAUUUCCUGGACAAAAGCGGGUUGCAAGGCUACGACAUGUCGACGUUCAUCCGGAGGUACAGCCGCUACCUGAACGAGAAAGCCGUCUCGUACAGACAGGUCGCCUUCGACUUCACCAAAGUCAAACGAGGGUCGGACGGGGUCAUGAGGACCAUGAACACGGAGAAGCUGCUGAAGACCAUCCCUAUAAUUCAGAACCAGAUGGACGCUUUGCUCGAUUUCAACGUCAAUGCCAACGAGCUCACCAACGGCGUCAUCAACGCCGCCUUCAUGCUUCUGUUCAAAGACGCGAUCCGGCUGUUUGCCGCGUACAACGAAGGGAUCAUCAACCUUUUAGAAAAGUACUUUGACAUGAAGAAGAAUCAGUGCAAAGAGGGCCUCGACAUCUACAAGAAGUUCCUCACCCGCAUGACGAGGAUUUCUGAGUUCCUCAAAGUCGCAGAGCAAGUAGGCAUUGACCGUGGAGACAUACCGGACCUGUCUCAGGCCCCGAGCAGUCUACUGGACGCGCUGGAGCAGCACCUGGCGUCCUUAGAAGGGAAGAAGGUCAAAGACUCCACGGCGGCUAGCAGGGCCAGCACCCUGUCCAACGCGGUGUCGUCGCUGGCGAGCACCGGCAUAUCCUUCACCAAAGUGGACGAGCGGGAAAAGCAGGCGGCCCUGGAGGAGGAGCAGGCCCGGCUCAAAGCGCUCAAGGAACAGAGGCUGAAGGAGCUCUCCAAGAAGCCUGCCACCACUGCCUCAUCGCCCGUCUCCACCAGCGGGGGCAGCAUCAGCACGGCCCCCGCCAUCGACCUGUUCUCCACACCGAGCACCUCAAACAGCUCUUCCAAGAUGCAGAGCGACCUGCUGGACCUGCAGCCGGCGUUCCAGCCCUCCACGGGGCUGCCCGCAGCCUCCACGUGGGGAGAUCCUUUCACGUCUGCCGAGGCUGUCGACGACUCCAUUCCAAACUUAAACCCUUUCCUAACCAAACCCGUUGUCGAUGCCGCUCAUCUACCUGUCGUGUCUUCAGACGCUGUUAGUUUUUCCUCUAGGACGCCAAGCCAUGAAAUGUUUGGCGAUCAUUACAAUCCCUUUAUUGAUUCAAGCUCUUCCGUUGCAACCAAUUAUGAACAGAGAGUUCGGAUAGAGCAGUUUGUCUCAGACUCCUUCUGCGGCCCGGCGUCUUACCCUAACGCCCCUCUCUUCCACCCCGAGCCCUCCGCUGUAGCUGGCCUAUUUGGAGGGUUCACUUCGUCCCAAGCCCCUCAACCACAGACCUCAGCGGGCCUCAACGUCGACUUCGAGUCGGUGUUCGGCGUUCAGUCGGCCUCCGCCAACGCCGCGGACUCGGCCGACGUUUUAGGGGGGAUCAUGAAACCCACAGUGACGUCCCUCGGCCAGGGCGUGGCCCCCGGCGCUCAGCACCCGGGGAAGUUGGUGUCGGACGACCUGGACUCUUCCCUGGCCAACCUCGUGGGCAGUCUGGGAAUUGGAAACGGCACAACGAAAAAUGACAUCCAUUGGACUCAGCCUGGAGAGAAGAGGUUAACAGGAGGGAAUAACUGGCAACCCAAGGUUGGCCCGACUACAACCUGGAACCCUGCCACCAUGGCCCCCUCUGUCAUGGCCUUCCCCGCCACCACGCCCACGGGGAUGAUGGGAUACGCCAUGGCUCCACAGAUGGGCUCUAUGAUGACACAGCCCACCAUGGUUUACACACAGCCCGUCAUGAGAGCUCCCAACCCCUUCAGCUCAGUCUCUGGAGCACAGCCCUCGGCAGCCUCUAGCCCCUCCAGUCAGAGCCCCCUCAGAGCUCCGGGUCAGGACCCCUUUGCUCAGCUCUCUCUCAAGGAUUUCUUGUAGAGCGUCAGUCAUUAGAUGCAGUUCAUGUAAUCUGAAGGGCCCCCUGCCUGCUUCCAGUGGACCCACGUUCCCGAUCAGCAAAAAUAAAAACCUUCUCCUUUAAGCAAGAUCCACUUUGCUGAUUCGCUCUCCCAGCAAGGAUGUCAACACAAAUGAGGACACUCGAAGGAACCCGAGGCGAGGAGAGGGCGUGGUUGCUCUCAGCAUCUGUUUUUGUAAUUUGUUAAAACAGGUUAAUGGCGUGAACUACUGUUAUGACCACUAGAGGGAGCCCUUAUCCCAUUUUACGUGUGUAAAGCUAGACAAUGGGGUCCGAGAGACUUGGCUAACUGUACCGGAUAGCGAAAACGUUGUAGCUGAUUUUGACAGCAUGAUGGUUGCUUAGGUGUCAGGUGGUGGCGUUUUGAGAGAGGAAAGCGGUCGACUCUUGAUUUGAUCACCGGUCAUACGUUUUAUCGCCCACUAGCAAUGCUAACCACAGGUUUAUAACCGUUUUUAUUUGCCAUUUUUUAACCAUGUGUUAUGUUUGCAGUAGACAUUCCUCGUGUAUUGUUUGUAUUUAUUUAUGAUGAUUCAAGACAGGGUUAAAAAUGCUUUUGAACACCUGUGCGUGAUGGAUAUGGGAUUGUAAAUUAAGAAUUACUGAAUUUUAAAAGUAAAUAUUAAAAAAAUAAUAAAAAAUAAAUAAAUAAAACCACCUGUAAACUGAUCGAUAGAGCACUAAAUAUUCUCUGAACCAGUCGUCAUGUGCAAUUACUUUUAGCUCAGAACCUGGCGGCCCUGCAUCUGUAAGGGAAAACGGGCAGUAUCCAGUUUAUUAACCCACAUAGUGGACUCUGUGCCUAGGGCUUUUAUUUUAUGUUUCUUUUUUUUUUUUUGCAAGGGAGCAUUAACCCCAGUAGCAGAACACCACGUCUGUGAUCCGGAAGCGUUUCGUUGGGACGGACGCACGUGACUUUGCGCUCGCGACGGCGUCAUUUUUACGUUUACGGAAACGACGCGGCUGCCUUUUCCGAUCCGAUCGUGCGGGGGGGGGGGACCGCCCAUUGUUCUCCGAAGCGUCUUUCCCGCGAUCUCUCCACCUAAUUGGAGGAGGAGAGGUCUGUUUGUUUUUGUUUAUUUAUUUUAAACGUUUAUUUUCCAGUGGGCGGGGUGUGUGGGUGUAGAUCAGGGGGUCACUAGUGUCUUUGUGAAUUAGCAGCACGGGAGGGCGGGGUCUGUGUGGGGCGGGGGGGGAGGGGGGAGAGGGGGGGCACUGUUGAUCGGUGCUAUGUGUAAAUACAGCCGGCCCGUGUCAGCUGAGGCGGAAUGGUGAAGGCAGUUCUCAUCGUUUUGAUUUGGCUUUUCCUUAUUCUUUUGCUGCAUUGUUGCAGGCAGUUUCCAUUUUUGUUUAUAUAUUUAAAAAAUGUAAGCAAAAAUUGAUCGGUUUUCAAAUAAAGUGCAGCAUCCACAGA